AUGACUACAGCAACAUUCAAAUACAUCGACCCCGCCUCUUACGACGCUCACGCCACCGAGCCAUUCAAAAAGGCCUGGGGCAAAGUCGACGGGCCAGGUCGCUCAUACAACCUCACAGAUCGAGAGCGCAAAGUUGAGAAUCUCCGAGGUCAAGAAACCGACUUCACCACCGACAACUCCGGCUUCGCGGUCUUCAACUCACCCGCCAAUGAGCGCCAAUUUACCGACGACGCCUCAGUGCAAGCGGGGUACUACGCUGAAGUAGAAGAGCUCCUCCGGAAAAAUUUAUCCGGCGUGAAGAAAGUCGCCAUCUUCGACCAUACCAUCAGACGUCGAACUCCCGGGUCGGCGCGCAGCCCCGUUCAACUUGUGCACGUUGAUCAAACGCCUGCAGCUGCGGAGGCGAGAGUGCGCCGUCAUCUACCUGAAGAUGAGGCUGAAGAGCUUUUGAAGGGUCGAUAUCAGAUUAUCAAUGUUUGGAGACCUAUUGAGAAUCCCGCUACUGAUUUUCCUUUGGCGGUUGUUGAUUGGAGGAGUACGGUUCCGGAUGAUUUUGUGAAGGUUGAUCUUCUUUAUCCGAAGGGGUGGCAGCAGGGUGGGGAGGUCGCGCCGGAUCCUGAAUCUGUGUCUUCGACGGAUGGUUAUGAGGUGAAGGGGGAGACUUAUGGAAUUGCUCCUAAUGAGGGACAUCGCUUUUACUAUGUGAAAGAUAUGACACCUGAGGAAGUGAUGCUUCUCAAGUGCUUUGAUUCCAGAAGUCAUACGAUGACGGAUGGUCGGACUGAUAUUGCGCAUGGAACUUGCCAUACUGCUUUCUUUGAUCCGCAGACACCGGAGGGUACACCUGGGCGACAGAGCAUUGAAGUUAGAUGCUUGGUCUUUUAUGAAUAG